UGGUUUAGCGACAAUCAUCAACCAGACGCUGGCGUCACUUGAGUUCAGUUCGCUUUCUGGAGAAGUCCAUUGAUUCCUGUUCGUUAUUUUGACUUUGUUGGUGUUGUAGAUUUGUAUCUGUUAUCAGCUUGUUAUCAAGGAUUUCGAUCGAAAUAAUGACACAUUUCCACCUACAACUGUUUGCAAAUCGAAUCAAAGAAGUGUCUAGAAUUUAUCUUCAACAAGUGAAAUGGAUUAACGCCGGAGUUCUGCCGGAGAUCGGGAAGUUGUUGCAGGUGAUCGAUUCAACCUGUUCGAAGCAACGCAUUAUGAGUCAACGAACGUACGUGUUCGACAACGUAGAAAGCGGAAGAGAUAUUUUUCAAUUCUACCGCUCUGUGCAGUGCUGUGGGAAAACUCUCUGGAACAGCGACACUUUGAUUAUGCACAUUCAGCAGCACGACGGCCUGCGGGAUGAGCUCGACAACAACGAUACGAAACGCUUGGCCAUCCUAUUCAACCUUUAUGUACAAGUUGGAAUGAAGAUUUUGGAGAUAUACAACAAUAAUUAUGAAAAUAUUGAACAGUUCACAGCGAAUCUUUUGCUGAAAGCAGCAGAGUAUUUGGACAGCAUUCAAUCAAAAAGCGUGAGGAGCGAUCAUUUCGCAGCGGACACUUUCACAGAAGACGUUACCUUCGCCAAAUGGAAGUACGUUUUUGAUUACACAUGUGCCACCUGUACUGACAGUGGAAUCCAUAAUUGCCGAUAUGAGGGUGCAAUUGCGUGGUUUCUUAUUCAUCUCAACACUAUGUCAAUAAACGCAAUAAGACAUCUGGGAAGUAAAAUGCAUGCAUCACGCAUCGGCUUUUGUCUACCAGACAGAGAUAUUCCUCCAAGUCAAACUUUGGUGCCGCGACAAAAAGAACCUGCCAUUUAUCAGCUGUCGAAAGCGGCCAAGUAUCUUCAAGAAGUCCGCGAAACGGAACUUGAAAUACUUUGCACCCUCGGUAUGGAAGUCCUAAACAACACCCCAUAUGAAGCCGUAACUACCUAUCUCAAGGCAAAUCUAGGACCUCUUAUACCUAAGAUGACGAUCGAACAUUUUGGCUCACGUGUCAUUGGGAUCGGUAACCACGAAUCUGAUCUAGAUCUGUUCAUAAAAUCGGAAAUCAACAUGAAACCAAAAAACGCGUACAACAAAGUUCUUGCAUGGGCGAAGGCAAAUCAGAACAGCGUCGACGUUGAAAAACAGAUCCCAGAAGGUCCUAAAGUUCUCCGCUUAUUUGUUCACACCCUGAAACUUAGGCUGGAUGUUACAUUCGACAGUCCUUAUGUUGUUGGCAACGGCAAAAUCAUCAACUACUUUUUUAGACUGCAACCGAUGGGCCGUAAACUGUUUUACUUACUCAAGCAAUGGAAAAUGUAUGUGGGCAUCAGCGACAAAUUCCACAAUAAUGUCCUCACCAGCCUCAUUAUAUUCUACAUGCAAUCGGAGCAAUACCUUCCUCCCAUCGCCCCUCUGGUCAUCGGGCCUAAAAAGAUCAACAAUCUGUACAACACCAACUUUGAAGAACGUAUCACUCUGUACAGCCUCCCCAUCAAUUUUCUGACGCUGGUGCAAGAAUUCUUCAACUACUGGGCCCUAUUCGAUUGGACCCGGAACGGUGCAUCUUUGAGUGAAGCUAGGGUUCGACCGAAACAUGUCAUCAAUGCUCGAAAAACGAAUCCACCGAUGCUGAUCACCGAUUGUUUCGACGUUACCCGCAACGUUGCCGGCAAUGUUAACUCCGAAGACUACCAGAAGUUUGUCCAGGCAUGCAAGGAAGCAUCGGACGUUCUGAAAACGAAGCUGACUAUUUAAUUAUGUAUUAGUGAUAAAGUUCAUGAUUAUCAAAACGCUAUUUAAUUCAUGACUUCGAUUUAAAAUGAUUCAUAUUUGACCUUACAUUUAUUUGUAAAAGUUGCUUGCUUUGAAUUAGCUUCAACAAGACUAUAACACGCCUUGCUUGCUUUUAUAUAAAACAUAUACUUAACAAAGCUAUUCUAUAUGGACUUCUAAAUGUUUUUAAGCUAAAUAACUUUGUAAUAAAUUGCACAGGUUGUGCAAAAUUUUAAUGCCUUCGAAA